AUGAGCACGAACAUAGACGAUUCACGAGGGGAUAAGACAGCUUCAAGAAGGGAGAACAAUCGACUUGCCCAGCAGAGGUUCCGAGAAAAGGCUAAGAGGAGGGAGCCUGAGCUUGAACGGGAGACUGCAACCGCCCAUGAAGAAAUUGCGGCCUUGUUGAAGGAGCAACAGGACCUGUGCCAGGAACGAGACGCCGUCGACCAGACACUGAAAAGCGCCACUAUCCUUCGCGGUAGAUUAUCCAACGCGAUGGUAGAGGACGAAUGGGGCCGUGUAUGCGCCUUGGCUACCGAUGUGUCACUCACUAUCGACCUCAUUAAGAGACACAAACAAACUGGGGUCACUUUGUCUCCACCAGACCCCCGCGAUACGCAUCGAAAGAAUUAA